AUGGCUUCGACAACAAUCUCUUCAGUCGAAAUCGUACCUUCUGAGGGGCCCCCAUCAUUGCUAGUCUCAGCGGCUAUGGAUGAUCCAGAGGAACAGGAGGAAAAGUCGCAGUACUCUACUGCUGACUACCUACACUACGACUCGUUAUACAGUGUCGAAGGCAUGCCCAGUCACAAAGUCAUCAUGACAAAAGGCCAGGGAGCAUUUCUAUGGGAUCUUGAGGGAAAGAAAUACAUUGAUUUCAAUGGCGGCUUCUCUGCAUGUAACCAGGGGCAUUGUCACCCCAAGAUUGUGCAAGCAAUGAUGGAACAAUGUCAACAACUAGCCAUACCAUCGAGAAGUGUUCACGUGGCACAGUAUGCCAUGUUUUGCAAGAAGAUCUGCGAGGUGACUGGGUUUGAUAAAGUUGCUAUGUUGAAUGGUGGUGCAGAGGCGGUUGAUAUGGCUAUUAAGUUUGCACGCGCAUGGGGCUAUAAAAGAAAAGGAAUUCCAGAAGACCAGGCUAUUGUGUUGACUGCAGAGUCAAACUACCACGGUCGUUCUCUAAGCCUUUUAUCUGGAUCUACGGAUGAGUAUUAUAGAAAAAAUUGCGGACCCUGGAUGCCAAAUGUAGGUCCCUACUGUGCCGGUAACGCAAUUCGUUUCGGCGUGAUUGAAGAUCUCGAGGAGGCAUUCACCAAGUGCGGCUCACGCAUUGCCGCGUUCCUAGUUGAAUGUGUCCAGGGACAUGCCGGCUGUCUUGCCCCAACGGACGAGUACCUGAAAGCAGUACGCGAGCUCUGUUCAAAGCACAACAUUCUCUUCAUUGCCGACGAAAUACAGGCGGGACUGGGUCGAACCGGAUAUUUGUUCUCAUACGAAUCUGCCAAUAUCAAGCCUGAUAUGGUGAUCCUUGGAAAGUCUAUUUCUGGGGGCAUGUACCCCAUUUCGGCCGUCUUGGGAACCACUAAUGCCAUGGGGGCCAUUGAACCAGGGCAGUACGGCUCUACGUUCUCGGGAAAUCCGCUAGCUUGCGCUGUCGCCCUAGCUGCCCUAAACGUCAUUCUCGACGAGCAACUCCUUUCUCGAGCUCGUACACUUGGCACAGUCUUCGAAAAGAGACUUUGUGAAAUCAAUUCACCCUACUUUGAUACCGUUACUGGCAAAGGUCUUUUCCGGAGCAUAUACAUUCACGAAACGCAUCCACAAGGCCGAGUAACUGGCAAACGACUAGUGGACCUAUGUCUGAAAAGGGGCCUUUUGGCGAAUGCAGCAGGCAGGAGACUUCGAGUUUGUCCAUCACUUGUCAUCGAUGAAGCGACAAUGCUGGAAGGUGUGGAUAUACUGGAACAGGCUUUGAAAGAUCUUCCCAAUAUAAAUGAAAUCUAG